AUGCAGCGCCUGGGGCUUGGCUCUACGCCCGACUCCGUGCGCUCGCUCGGUGCGGGGCUCCCGGACUCGAGCUCCUCUCGCUGUCUGGCCAGAGCUGGCACUCUGAAGGCUGUGUUCUUCCUGGCAGCCGUAGCUGAGGCACUAGCUUCUCCAGGCUGCGCACAUGCCUUGGCUGGCGGCCACUUCCUCAUCCUCAGAACCAUCCACGUUGCAUCGUUCUGUCUGUCUUGGAAAAAGAAGCAACAAAGGUCAGCUUCGGGAGCCGCCGGAUACCGUUCAGACAUAGCCAAGUCCAAGAACCACACCACACAUAACCAGUCCAGGAAACAGCACAGAAAUGGCAUCAAGAAACCCGGAUCACAAAGAUAUGAAUCUCCUAAGGGGGUUGACCCCAAGUUCCUGAGGAACAUGCGCUUUGCCAGGAAGCACAACAAGAAAGGCCUAAAGAAAACGCAGGCAAACAGUGCGAAGGCAAUGAGCGCACGCGCAGAAGCCAUCAAGGACCUCGUGAAGCCCAAGGUGGUUAAGUCCAAGAUGCCAAAGGGCCCCAGCCGCAAACUCAGCCGCCUUGCUUUCAUCGCUCACCCCAAGCCUAGGAAGGGGAAUAGAAUCUACAAGGCCCAGGGUCGUAGGAUCUGCCAACCAAGGCCCAAGUUUCAAACCAAGGCAGAGGCCUCUGCUCCAGCUAAGGUCCAGUCUUCAGCUCAGGCUUCCAAAGGAGCCCAGGCCCUGUGA